GCAGCCUGUCGUCGGGGCAACUGACCAGCUCGGUGCGCAACCUGGCCGGCUUGAUCGGCAUGAUCGGAGACACUGACAACGAGAACACCGCGGAGCCAGGCACAGCGGGUACCCAGCUCUCGUUUGGAGCCAGGCUUGGUGGCCUGCCCGAGGCCGGUUCAUUAGGUGAGAGGCUACAGAUUCGGCGGUUGGCAGCUCCAAUCUAUAGCAUGUGCCCACGAAAGUGA